AUCUUCCGGAAGACUCCAUCGACUAUCAUGGCGCUAGCAAGAAGUGUCUACAAUCUGCUCUUCAGAAGAACGUCAACUUUCGCCAUAACCAUCAUGGUGGGAGCUGUUUUCUUCGAGAGGGUGUUUGACCAGGCCGGAGACGCAGUAUUUGACAACAUAAAUGCGGGGAAACUUUGGAAACACAUCAAACACAAUUAUGAGCAAGUGGAGGAAUAAAGCUUGGCUUUGUUAAAGCUGGAAUCUUCAUUCUACCAUCAUCCUUUUCCUAAUGUGACCCCAUUGAAUCGGCCGCUGGCUUUUGUUGUGUCCUGCAGCAGCUGUGUUCCAUCUUCCAACUGGAUUGGUCUGGGCACAUAUACAGAAACUCUAGAAAUUCCAAGCCCUGAUAACAUGUCACAUGACCACCGAUUAUUGUGCGAUAUGUCACAUUGUACAUGAUUUAUAAUUGUGUUGCUAACUUAAAUUCUGUGUGAAUAAACCCGACAACCCAUAUUUUGAAUCGUGUAUUGUUUGUAUGUGCACUUGCAUUAGAAAAUUAGUCUGGCUGAGGUGUCAUGCCUUAUUAAGUUGGUCAUGGCGUAAUGCUCUGGCGUCAAAGCAGUUUGAUGGUCUUUAAACAUCUGUGGCUUGUUGUGCAAGGGAACCUUAAAUUGUAAAUUUUACGAUGCGUGUUGCUUUUUUUAGCGUAUUGUGUGACUGAGCAAUGAGAACUUGCUGUUAAAAUAGAGAAACACUAAAGCAUCGUAGAAAUGUAGACUUUUUCACAUAUGUU